AUGGGGUUCGAUAUAAAAUCAAGAACUAACACCUACGGGUUAACAGGAAGAUCUUUAAGAGUUGCAAUCACUGCUACGGCUGUGACUGCGUUUUCCUUUUUCGGUUACGAUCAAGGUUUAAUGUCCGGUUUGAUCACUGGUCCACAAUUCAAUCAUGCUUUCCCUGCUACUGAUGGGAUUAAAGUCAAUCAAGGUGGUGUAACAGCUGCUUUUGAAAUCGGAUGUUUAUUUGGUGCUAUGUUUGUGUUAUUCAAAGGUGACGAUUUCGGUAGAAGACCUUUGAUUAUUGCUGGUUCGAUUAUUAUCACCAUCGGUGCUAUAAUUUCUACUUUAUCGUUCAAAGAUAAUUGGGCUUUAGGUCAAUUCGUCGUAGGAAGAGUUAUUACUGGGUUGGGGAAUGGUUUAAAUACUGCUACAGUACCAGUUUGGCAAUCGGAAAUGUCCAGAGCUGAAAAUAGAGGUAGAUUGGUUUGUCUUGAAGGUGCUGUUGUUGCUGUUGGUACUUUUAUUGCUUAUUGGAUUGAUUUUGGCUUCAGUUACAUUAACAAUUCUGCUCAAUGGAGAUUCCCUGUAGGAUUCCAAUGUGUGUUCUCCGUCAUUCUUUUCUUUGCUAUUAUUCAAUUACCUGAAAGUCCAAGAUGGUUGAUUGCUCAUGGAAGAAAUGAAGAAGCUAGACUUAUCUUGGGUAAAUUGAAUAACUUAGAACCUGAUAGUGACAUUAUUGUUUCCGAACAAACAGUUAUUUCCGAUGCUAUUAAAAACUUCGAUAAAGAACAAGCAGGAUUCAUGGCCUUGUUCACUGGUGGUAAAACCCAACAUUUCCAAAGAAUGUUAUUGGGAGUUGCUGGUCAAUUCUGGCAACAAUUUGGUGGUUGUAAUGCCGCCAUUUAUUAUUCUACGGUUUUAUUCGAAGAAAGUAUUGGUUUAGAUAGAAGAUUGGCUUUAGUAUUAGGGGGAGUUUUUGCUACCGUCUAUGCUCUUUCAACCAUUCCUUCUUUCUUCCUUAUUGAUACCUUAGGUAGAAGAAAGUUAUUCUUUAUUGGUUCAAUCGGUCAAGGGGUUGCUUUCUUGAUAGCUUUUGCUUGUUUAGUUAACCAAAAUGAAUCCAAUUCUAUUGGUGCUGCUGUGGCCCUUUUCAUUUUCAUUAUCUUCUUUGCCUUCACAAUGUUACCAUUACCAUGGAUCUAUCCACCAGAAAUCAAUCCUUUGAAAACCAGAACUGUUGCUUCUUCAGUAUCAACAUGUACUAAUUGGAUUUGUAAUUUCGCUGUGGUGAUGUUUACUCCAGUUUUCAUUGAAGCUAGUGGUUGGGGUUGUUACUUAUAUUUCUCCAUUAUGAACUUCUUAUUCGUUCCAGUGAUCUUCUUCUUCUAUCCUGAAACUGCUGGAAGACAAUUAGAAGAAAUCGAUAUCAUCUUUGCUAAAGCUCAUGUUGAAAACAGACAACCUUGGAGAGUGGCUGCAACAUUACCUAAAUUAUCCAACGAUGAAAUUGAACAACAUGGAAGAGAUUUGGGAUUAUAUAAGAACUUUGAUGAUGAAGAAAAGAGUUAUGAAACUGACUCUAACAUGAGUAAACCUAAUGUUCAAGAAAGAGAUGUGAGUGUAUAG